CCAGCAUGCAACCAGUGUGUGUGUAUAUAUAUAGAUCCCUCUUGCAGUACAUACUCAACAUUCGAGUUCGAUAUCAAAGUACUUGAGAUUAAGAUGGAGGCAAACCGUAAGCGCAGAGGGUUCAUUAAAGGGAAGUUGAUGUCAUUCCAACGAGCAGCGAAGCCUUCCUCAAUUGUGCAAUAUACCAGCAAGCUGGCUAAGCCCAGCCAGUCUUCUCCUUCAACUGCCUCAGUAGGCUUUCUAGUCCAACAGGACUAUGUCGUUUCUCAGCCGAAUCAGAAGGUGUCGUUUAUAGUACCUGCCGAUGACAGCCGCGACUUGAUAAGCAGCCAAUACGACAGCCUAUAUGGUAUAGCGGCUGAUGAGACCGUCGAUACAAAGGCUGCAACGUAUAUAUCUUCUGUUCAAGAACGUUUCAAGCUUGAAAGAAUGAAAUCGGAACACAAGAAGUGCCAGGUGGAUGCACUCAUGUAGAUCGAGAUCACUCAAUAUGAUAUAUAUCCCUUAUCCUGCUAGCUAGCAUAUAUUAGUGAUCUCUACUUAGUCUUGUAAUACAAAUUAUAAAUAAGACUUCAUGAUCAUUUGAAAGAAAA